GAUGAGUAUUAUUCUUCCUCUAUUCCUUCGACAAACCUUUGAUAGUGUUCCCGCUUUAAUCCAGCCCACGUAGACAUCUUUACCAACCACACAUUUAACUUUGCCAACCAUUCCUAAAAAAAAAAAAAAAACUUUGUCAACCACUUACAUGAAUCAACAGAAAAAUUGGUUAAUACUUCACAAUUUUAAGGUAAGCAUUAAAUAAUUUCUAACUCUGCUUAUCCAUUUUUCAACAUUCAAAGUAUCCAAUUAAUUUUCCAGUUCUGAAGCUUAUCUUCUCCUUUCUCACAACGCUUUAGAAGUAAUUCAGAAUUUUUUUAAAUGAAUGGUUUGUCAUUAUGAUAUUGUUUAGAUUAUUUUCUAGUGAAGAAAAAGGAAGUAACUGAUUGUUUAGACCAAGGAAAGAAAACUAAUGAAUUCUUUACCAAAAUAAAUUUGGCGGGUUUGUGUAUAAAUUGCAGUCCUUUUUUGUCAAUAAUCUCAAAGGAAAAUCAUAAAAUUAGUUGCGAGGAAAGAGGAACAAUAUGUGGUCAUUCAAAUCUUUACUGCACAUUCUUACAUUCGGAACUUUCUUCUAUCUAAUGUGAAUCUAAUAUGCAAUGCCACCACCAAUGGCGACAGAGAAGUCGGUGCCCAAAUCAUUUCAGCCAUUGAGGAUUCAUUUUUUGUUUUCUGAUCAAUACUAAUUUCUUGCCGAUCUCUAUAUGAUGUUAUUCUAAUUAAUUAACAGGUUUAUAUCGUGUACAUGGGCGCAUUGCCUAAGCAUGAUCAUUACUAUUCUCCCUCAUCUCACUAUCCCUCCCUACUCCAAGAGGUUGUCGAUGACAGCCAAUUAGGGUCAGCAGGAUUAUUGAUCAGGAGUUACAAAAGAAGUUUCAACGGAUUUGCGGCAAAGCUAACCGGUGAUGAGGCACGAAAGAUUUCCAGUAGAAAUGACGUGGUCUCUGUUUUCCCGAGCAAGAAGUUGCAACUCCAGACCACGAGAUCUUGGGAUUUCUUAGGCCUACCUCAACCCACGAUGAUUAAGAAUCCUACGGGCGUUGCUAGUGAUGUUGUGGUUGGAAUUAUAGAUAGUGGAAUCUGGCCGGAAUUGCCCAGUUUUGAUGACGAUGGUUUUGGUCCUCCGCCGGUGAAGUGGAAGGGUGUUUGCAAAGGCGGAACCAAUUUCACUUGUAACAACAAGAUAAUCGGAGCUCGGUACUACUAUUCCCAAUCGGCAAGAGACGACCAAGGUCACGGCACCCACACGGCUUCGACGGCAGUAGGAAACGUGGUAAAGGACGCCAGCUUCUAUGGGCUGGCAAGUGGCGUCGCCAGAGGUGGAUUUCCCUCUGCUCGAAUCGCCGUCUACCAGGCGUGUGGCGGCUUCGGCUGUUCGUCGGCGGACAUUCUGGCCGCCUUCGACGAUGCAAUAGCCGACGGAGUCGACGUUAUAUCUGUAUCGAUUGCGACACUCGAGGCCGUUGAUAUAGACGCCGACACCGUCGCAAUCGGCGGUUUUCACGCGGCGCGUCGAGGAAUCCUCACUGUACAUUCCGCCGGGAAUAGUGGCCCCCGAUCUGCCACCACUUGUAGUGUAGCUCCAUGGUUGCUCUCUGUCGCCGCCAGCACCAUCGACCGGAAAUUUGAGUCCAAAGUUGUUCUGGGCAACGGGAAGAUAGUCACGGGAAUUUCAGUGAAUGCGUUCGCGGAUAAUGGGCCGGAGUCGCCGUUGGUACAUAGAGAUCAAUCACUUGGCUGCGUAGGAGUUUGCUGCCUGGACAGCAUUGUAGUGAAGAACAAAAUUGUGAUAUCUGCCUCUGUUGUCCCCUUUCCUGCCGCCGGUGUGGAUUUCCAAACCCUUGACGCCGUAAUCUCAUAUCAGAACUCUAACAAAAAUCCAGUGGCGAAGCUACAAAAAAGUGACACUGUGAGAGAUCCCGGAGCACCAUUGGUGGCUUCCUUCUCCUCCAGAGGUCCAAACUCGAUCAUCUCUGGCAUUCUCAAGCCGAAUGUGAGUGCUCCUGGGGUGGAUAUAUUGGCUGGGUUUUCUCCGGUAGCAUCAUUAACUGAUGACGCCGAUGAUAAAAGACAAUACAGUUUCAAUGUGUUAUCUGGAACUUCUAUGUCUUGCCCACAUGUCACCGGCGUAGUUGCUUACCUCAAGACCCUGCACCCCGACUGGUCUCCUUCCGCCCUCAAAUCCGCCAUCCUCACCACCGCGACACCAAUGCAUCCGGGGAAUGUUCAAGAUCCAAGCAUUACAUACGCAUCUACGGAAUUCGCUUAUGGAUCGGGGCAGCUAAAUCCCGUGAAGGCCACAAAUCCAGGACUUGUCUAUGAAACAUCAGCACAGGACGACGUCAACUUGCUCUGCAACUUGGGCUACACUAGCGACAGGCUCAGAACCGUCACUGGCGACAAAAACAGCAGUUGCAUUGCUCGAGCUGACCCGACUGCUAUAAAGGACUUCAACUACCCUUCCAUAACCACUGAUGUUUCGGGUACGAGGGCUUCUUUCAAAAUUUCAUUUCUUAGAACGGUGACAAACGUGGGAACAGCGAAGUCGACGUACACAUCCCAAGUUGUACCGACCAUGGGAAGACUGAAGAUUGAAGUGACGCCACCGGUUCUUUCUUUUGGGUCUCUAAACGAGAAGAAAUCUUUCACCGUCACUGUAUCUGGCGGCAAUUUUCCGGCCAAAGGUGGUUUCUUGGCCUCUGCUGCACUGAAUUGGAGCGACGGAGCUCACAGUGUUAGAAGCCCAAUUGUUAUCUACACAAAGGAAUAGCCUUUUGACUUCACUCUAAUUGCUUGUUCAUUGAUAAAUAAAGGUCGGGCAACUUAUAUUUGGAUGUCUUACCAUAAUGUUAUUAAUUUUUUUUUUUUGGUCUUCUUUUUCAUAAAUAAGCUAGAACAAAUAAAGUCUUUAUAGGCUAAAGUCACAAAACUUACAAAAGAAAGAGAGAUGAUAGUAGGUGAGUUGCAAACCACCGAUAAAAAGGUUGUUAUGUACCAAUAUGGGCAAUCAUAUUAUAUCUACAAUAAGCUAAACAGAACGAAGCACGUUGGAGAGAACUGCUUAAAACUUGGUAACUAUCUCAAAAUGAUCUCUAUCAAAAAAUUCGACGAAACAUUGACACUGAUCUUCCAAAAUCUGUGCAUCACAACAACAACAACAACAAAAAACAUAACAUUAGAAAAGAAAUGAAAUAAGAUAUAACGA